CCACAACCUCUUCACAUUCAAAGUGUAAUUUUGAUUGGCCAGAGUUUGCUGAGUUUCACUUCACAUUCAAAUUUCUCCAGCUCUUUCGCGUAUGGUGGAGGGACGUUUUCAAACAGAUUCAGUUGACAUCAAGAUUCUUUCUACUGUGACAUCCUUGUCCUUGUCAGCAUCUCGUUUGAAAACCUUCUCUCUUUCCUUAUUAUUUGCCUGGAUGAGGUCUAAUUCCUAAUCUGGUCCUGGCUCUAUGCAAAUAAUCGUUGGCUUCAUUAUCGCUUUUAGCUUGGGGUAUUUGACAUCACAGUAUGGACUAUUCGGCAGUGUCAUUGAGGAAUUUGUAGAUGUUACUCUUUCAUCGAACAAGAGAGGAAUAAUUCUCGUUGUAGCAGGCUUAAUAUUAUCGUAUAUAUUUAUUUUAAUUCCGUUAGAAAGGAUUGCCUCCAUUGAAUCCAAAAGGAGUGAAGGAUACCCAUUUCGUACGUCGGCGAGAGAACAUUUGCAGCGGAGAGGAAGUUUCUGAACAUUAUUCUUUUUUGGUCUUCAUACAACGAUAUUUGUAAUGUUACAUAGCCCACGCACGAUUACAAUU